UGGAGUCUUCAGCUAAGCGGCAAAAGAUUGAAACAGGUGCAUUUUGAACUUCAAACGCUGAAGACUGGGUUUCGGACCGAGUUACUUGAGCUAAAGGGCGAAGUGCGCUUGUUGAAAUACAACCUUAACAAAGCUAAAUAUACAAUCACGUCAGCACUGGGCAUCGGAAAGCAAGUCUUGAAUGAGGCCCCAGUUGCUAAUCCCCAGUUCUUCUACAAUCUCCUCUCGAAAUCUGCCUUAAAUGUACUCUCUGACCUGGAUUUAUCAGACGAAACUCUCUGUAAGGUGUGCAAAUCCGAAUCCGAUACACAGGAAAAAUUUUUUGCGUUCUUCAAGAAACUGCCAGAAGGCCCAUGGGUCAUUCAUGACUCAUCGACAAAGGAAUACUUCAAGGAGCCGAAUGCUAAGAUUGAUAUUGCUAUCUUGGAUGGAAAGCGAGCUGUUUGGCUACAUCUCGUUUCUGUCAUAGAACUAAAGCUUAGCAUGGAGUCAAAUCACAUGGAUGCAGUAGGACAACUCGUUGAUAGAUUUGUUAACAUUCUCGAACACCAAACAGAAAGACAAUUCGUUAUCGGAGCUGUGGCUUGUGAUUCUCAGAUUGAGUUGUUCCACAUGGACAAAAAUUUUACUUUCGAACAUUCCGGAUUACUCCCAAUCGAUUUUACUGAUAAAACUUCAUUGGGGUUGGAUAUGUUGGUGAGAUUGCUGAGGGCGCCGAACACAGAAUCAGGCUAUAAAACACAUGAAGACGUCGGGCGAUGGAUUGAGUCUAUUCCCAACAUCAACUUUAGUUUCAAAACACUCCUUCGGAAAAGGACUAGUAGCCGAGGAACUUUUGUCGCAGCUGGCACUAUGGACGGUGAAGAGGCUGUAUUCAAGACCUCCGCUACAGACAAUGAAUAUCGAAUCCUUAUGAAGCUUAAAGAAUUGGGUUGUAUUUUCGUCCCUGAAGUCAAGGGUCAUGGAAACGUGAAAGGAGAAAAAUUUAUUGUGAUACGCCCGUUUGGUGAAGACCUCGAAUUAUCAAACCAUGGCUUGCUAAUAGUUCUCCGAGCCUUUCAUGAUAUUGCCAAGACCGUUAAGCGUGCCGCUCAGCAAAGGAUCUUUCAUCGUGAUAUAAAGCCAACCAACAUAGUUCUGUAUAAUGAACAUGGGUACCUGAUUGAUUGGGGGAUUGCUACUUACGGAGAUGUGAUACCGAUGAAUGACAAAUUAUCUGCAACGUUAGCAUACACUUCCAUGAACGUUCUUGAAAAUGUAGCAAAAAAGUCAAUGCCCUCAUACACCAUGGACGACGAAAUUGAGUCCAUUUUCUAUACAUUUGUUAGUGUUUUGUGUGAUGACAGAAUAACCUGGGAUAAAAGGGAUAGUGUGCACCAGCUAUUGGCUUCUAGAUUUGCGGCAAUGUACGGUUACUUUGAUCGUCAACUUAA